AUGGAGGGAAACUCAGAACAUGAACCCGCACGAGGGGAUCCAGAAACAAAAGCACCAACAGAUAUCAGUCUACCAAGCGAACCUCAAGGAACCCAAGGACAACUUGAAGUGACAGAAGAUCAAAUUGAAGACCCGACAAAAGAAAACGUCAAAUCAUGGAUCGAAGCCCAAAGCGAAACUCAACCACAACCUCCAACCGAACCUCCAGCAGUUGAGCAAGUUGACGAUGCUGUCGGAGAGCUGCCCCGCGUUGAAAAUACCCCCAGUACAGUACCUGGCGUGACUGGUACGACAGCUGUAAACGCUUCGACCACAACUUCAGCUCCAGGCACAGACACCCCAGGACAAGUACAAGAGUCAGCAGCCGAAGCCUCAUUUGGAGGAGUUGGAGCUGUUUCUGGAUCUGGAUCUGGGCCUGGACCGGCUUUGAUAACUCCACGCGGGCGGGCUGCAUCAACCUCCACUGGCCCCUCCACUACAACCGCCGGUCAUGGUCAUGUCCCUCAAUUUGUCGCUCCGUCAUCCUACCUCCGACGCAGGACUUCACUCCGAAGCCCGAUGGCACCCACCGAACCAAAGCCUCUAAGUCCUCUGGACAGAGAUCAGUUGCAGGGUCUGAAUGCCAUACGCGAUUUCCUCAAAGUUCGCACCAGUUACGAUGUUUUACCUCUAUCAUUCCGUCUCAUCGUCCUCGAUACCGACCUCCGCAUCAAGAAAGCCAUCGGCAUCUUGACGCAGAACUCAAUCGUAUCGGCACCUCUAUGGAACUCCAAAACCUCGCGAUUCGCCGGUAUCCUCACGAGCACCGACUUUAUCAACGUGAUUCAAUACUAUUGGCAGUUCCCUGACGAGUUCAGCAAACUCGAUCAGUUCCGAUUGAGUAGCCUAAGAGACAUCGAGAAAGCUAUCGGCGCAAUACCCAUCGAAACUGUAUCGGUUCACCCUUCAAAGCCAUUGUACGAAGCUUGCAGACGCAUGCUAAAGACCCGCGCCAGACGAAUUCCCCUAGUCGAUGUCGAUAGCGAGACCAACAAGGAAAUGGUUGUUUCAGUCAUCACUCAGUAUCGUAUCCUCAAGUUUAUCGCCGUAAACAACGAACACAACACCGUCCUCCUGAAGAAAACGGUUCGCGACAUUGGCCUCGGUACAUAUUCAGGUAUCGCUACAGCCUCGAUGGGAAGUUCCGUGCUCGACGUUGUUCACCUGAUGGUCAAACACAACAUCAGCUGUGUCCCGAUCAUCGAUUCUCACGGACGAGUUCUAAACGUUUUUGAAGCGGUUGAUGUCAUCCCCUGUAUCAAAAACGGUGCCUACGAUGACUUGGAUGGCUCUGUCGGGGAAGCGCUCUGCAAGAGAUCCGACGAGAGCCCUGGUAUUUACACAUGCAGUGAAGGCGAUCGCUUGGACUCCAUUUUUGAUACGGUCCGAAAGAGCAGGGUUCACCGUCUGAUAGUAGUGGACGAUGAUAACAAGCUCAAGGGUAUCAUUUCGCUGUCCGACAUUCUCAAAUAUGUACUGCUCUACGGAGUGGAGGAUACAAGCAACUGGGCUUGAGUAUUGACGAGGUUAUAAUGAUUGCAUGCCGCUACGAAUAAGGGAGCUCUCAGAGGCGCCGGAUGGAGGCAGGCAUAGAACAGGCGCAAGGGGAGACGGAAGGUUAUCAUGUGCAUACACUCCUUCGCUAUAGACCGUUGACAGGCCUGCAUGCAUGAUACAGUACAGCUGUCUCAGGAUGAUGACUUUGGUAGUGUCAGUGUUACAGUACAGAUAGAAGCUUUUCGGCUUCGGGAACCGAGUGGCUGUGAAUAUCUGGGUGGGAUUGGUCAGGUCUCAUUCGAUGCGACAUGCGGAUGACGGUCAAACUUGAUGCUGCACUCUGACGACAUUGGUGCUAUCUAUCCCAUUUCAGCAUUUAUCGACCAUUUCCCACUUUGGUUACUUUUUUGAUGCUAUUCAUAUCCAGUUUCUGU